AUGUCUACUUCAGUAAACUCGGAGUCGAUUGAGCUGGCAACGGCAUCUAGGACGCCAUCUGGUACGAAUCGACAAGAAAAUGUUGACCCGAAUGCUUCUGCAGAAUUUCAUGGCACACAACAUCAAUUGGAGCCAACCGACCGGGGGCCGGCGGCAUGGAAACUUCUUCUGACAGCUUUCGUCUUUGAGGCUCUCCUUUGGGGGUUUCCUCUGUCCUUUGGAGUUUUCCAGAAUUACUACUCCAAGCAACCAGCCUUUGCCAGCAAUCGUUACAUUCCCGUGGUGGGCAGUGUUGCCUCUGGCAUAUCGUACUUGGGCGCUCCAGCCAUCACUCCAUUAAUCAAGCGGUACCAGCGUUACCAGACGCAAAUGAUAUGGGCUGGCUGGAUUAUUUGUAUAGGUGGUAUUGUCCUUGCCUCCUUUUGCACGACUGUCGAAACACUUAUCCUCACGCAAGGUGUCGCCUACGGUGUAGGAUUCCUCAUCUUUUACUACCCCAUUCUCAUCAUGGUCAAUGAGUACUGGAUCACCCGCCGCGGCAUGGCGUAUGGGCUCCUCUGCAGCUCAUCAGGCGUUUCGGGUGCAAUAUUUCCCUUUGUCAUGGAAGCGCUGUUGGAGAAGUACGGUUAUCAGACAACGUUGCGAGCUGUGGCCGUUGCGCUGUUCGUGUUAACAGGCCCGUUGAUCCCUUUUCUCAAUGGGCGUUUGCCACCGUCCUUGCACAGCGCUUCUUUGAGAAUGGAUUGGAGUUUCCUCCGCGACCCCCUGUUCUGGGUUUUUUCGACGUCGAAUGUUGCACAGGGCCUCGGAUACUUCUUCCCGUCCCUCUUCCUACCCUCAUAUGCCACCUCCAUUGGCCUGAGUGGAAGAGACGGCGCUCUCUUACUGGCUUUGAUGAGUGUUUCACAAGUUGCUGGUCAACUGACUUUUGGAUUACUUUCCGACCGGAAGGUCUCUCUAGAAGUUUUGACCACAGUGUCUACCAUCAUCUCAGCAACAGCCGCGUUUGCAUUGUGGGGUUUGGCUCAUACCCUACCGCUGCUCAUUGUCUUUGCACUGGUUUACGGCUUCUUCGCCGCCGGAUAUACAGCAAUGUGGGCAAGGAUGACAACGGCUGUAAGCAACGAUUCGACAGCUGUUUCAAUGAUUUUUAGCCUUUUCAAUUUUGGUAAGGGAGUCGGCAAUGUCAUGGCAGGCCCCAUUAGUGGUAAUCUUCUUUUUCACAUCACCUCGGUGGAGAGCUAUGGCUUGAUCAAAUACAAGGGAGUCGUUAUUUUCACGGGCUCUUGUAUGGUAUUUAGUACUGUUGCCAUUGGCAUGCGACAUGUGGUUUAUUGCUGGCCAAGCGGAAGAUAG